GUAGAACAAAGAAGAGUGCUAGUAUGCGCUAUGCAUUGCAUCUGCUAAGCUCUGCCAUUCAGUACUUAUAAUAAAUAACCCCCGGCAGCGCACUCGUAAAUUUACUUAUUGUAACAUCGUCUCACUCCUUUCACCUCUGUAAUUCAGACUCCUGUCUCGAGCAGCGACCUUGCGCCCAAUUAGAGAGUAUAUCGUCGCCAUUCCUAGCCGGCUGCCGAUUACCAGGACUGGGCUUUCCUCUCCCCUUUCUUCUUAUUCUCCUUAUUCCUUUUCCUGCAGCGCUGCUGUUCUACCGUCCAAAAUGGUGUCUUCCGACCCUGCUGCCAGCAGUGGCAGCAAAGAUGAGAAGGAUGCUAGCCUCCCGAGCUACUCGAGCCCGGUGAUCACACAGGAAGAGGGUGCUCAAAGAUCCGACAACUGGGCGACACGCAAUGGUCUAAAUUUGGAAUCCUUCAAGAAGCGUGAUUAUGGUACCGGAAUUAUUGAGCUCGACCGGAGCAUGAAACCGCGACAUCUGCACAUGAUUGCUAUCGGCGGUUCUAUCGGUGCUGGUUUCUUCGUCGGAUCGGGUGGCGCCUUAGCUACAGGUGGCCCCGCGACUCUUCUAAUCGAUUUUUCCAUCAUCGGUAUAAUGAUGUUCAAUGUCGUUUACGCUCUUGGUGAACUCGCUGUUAUGUUUCCUAUCUCUGGUGGUUUCUAUACGUAUGCAACUCGCUUUAUUGACCCUUCCUGGGGUUUUGCUAUGGGAUGGAAUUACGUCUUACAAUGGGCUGUCGUCGUUCCGCUAGAACUCACUGUAUGCUCUAUCUCGAUCUCCUAUUGGAACCCGGAUGUUAGCCCUGGUGUCUGGAUUACCGUCUUCUACAUUUUCCUCAUCAUAGUCAACAUCUUUGGAACUCUUGGUUACGCCGAGGAAGAGUUUUGGGCUUCUAUUUUGAAGCUUAGUGCCACAGUCAUCUUCAUGGUCAUUUCACUAGUUUGUGUCCUUGGUGGUGCUCCCAAGGGAAGCUCAUACGACGAAUACUUUGGCGCACGCCUUUGGUACGAGCCUGGUGCAUUCCGCAACGGUUUCCGAGGUUUCUGUGCUGUAUUCGUCACGGCCGCCUUUUCUUUCAGCGGAACUGAGUUGGUUGGUCUUGCUGCUGCUGAAGCGCGCAAUCCCGCAAAGGCCCUUCCUAGUGCCAUCAAACAGGUCUUCUGGCGUAUCACUCUAUUCUAUAUUCUUGGUCUUACCUUUGUUGGUCUUCUAAUUCCUAGCAAUGACCCCCAUCUACUCAAUGCCGGUUCGAACGAUGUGACAGCGUCGCCUUUCGUAUUGGUUGGGCAAUAUGCUAACCUCAAUGGAUUCAACCACUUCAUGAAUUUCAUUAUCCUGAUCUCGGUUAUAUCCAUCGGCGUAUCUGGUGUCUACGGUGGAAGCCGUACUUUGACCGCCCUCGCCCAGCAGGGUUAUGCCCCUAAGAUUUUCUCAUACGUUGACCGAGGUGGCCGCCCUACAUUUUCCGUCGGUCUUAUUCUCGUUUUCGGUCUCCUCGCAUAUAUCAACUUGGCCGCCGCCGGUCCUGACGUUUUCACUUGGCUACAGGCUUUAUCUGGCCUCGCUGCUCUUUUUACUUGGGGUUCUAUCUGUCUGGCGCAUAUUCGAUUCCGCAAAGCGUGGGCAUACCACGGUCACACCCUGGACGAAAUCCCGUUUCGAGCCAUCGGUGGUGUCUACGGAUCAUGGCUCGGAUUGAUCUUAGUUGCACUAGUAAUGAUUGCUCAGUUGUUCGUCGCCAUUUGCCCUCCUAAAGGUGGUAUUAACGAUGCUUCGGGGUUCUUCCAGCAAUAUCUCGCACUUCCUGUCGUGAUGCUAUUCUGGGUUGUUGGCUAUUUAUGGAAGCGUACCGGUUGGUUGCGUACACACCAGAUUGACGUAGACACCGGGCGACGAGAGGUUGACUGGGUCGAGAUUAACGCGUUUCGCGCGAAGGUUGCCGCAAUGCCUGCGUGGAGACGCCUACUAAACCUUGUAUUUUAAGUUGCGGCGCUGUGUUGUAUAUGUGUUUAUUCUGUUGGACGUCAGAUUGUGGUUACUGGCGCGUGUAUAAAGAGAUAUAAAAUCUAGGAAUUUUGCAUAAUAAAUCGGGGUUUGUCGGUUACUAUGCAUAAUAAAGAUACCAAUACGAGUUAUUACUAAAGUUUUAAGAGAAAAUGAUGAAAUUAUUUAUAAGAC